GGGUCCGGCCGGGAGGCGGGCGGGGCGGCUGGGGCCCGGCCCAGAGCUCCGGGCGGUCGCAUUGUUUUCCUCCGCGGAGCCGCGGCAGGAGUGGGGUUUGCCACUGAGACCCGGAGCCCGUUGGACCUGACAGCGCCCGGGAGCCCAGAUCUGAGCUCCAUCCAAUUCGGACGCUCAUCACAUCUCGCUAAAGCCCCCAACCACGGAUUGCGAACUCGGCGCGGUGCGCGGCCGCUGCCCGCCCGCCGCGAUCUCUAUUCCGCUGACCCGGAUCUCGGAGCAAGUACCCCAGAGCAGGGCUGGGAGGCGGGGAGGGUCGGGGCGCCGAAGGCUGGGAGCAAGGUUCCGAAGUGCUAGAGGGACCUGGGAGGGUGCCAUCGUGCUAUGUGCCUGAUAACGGAGAGGGUCAGCGGAGUUGGGGUGUGCAGCGGGAAGAGGGGCCGUGGCCGAACCUCGUCACGGUACUGUUGGACACAGGGUCUGGGAGCCUCUUCCAACCUGGCUUCUUCGAGUCACAUCCCUCGGAUUGGGGAGCGCGAAAAGGGAUUGUUUGAGGCGCGCACUGCACAGAGGGUGGAAAAACCUGGUCCCUUGCCUCCCCAGCAGGGAAAUUAAGGCUUCGAGACCCGCGGAGAACCGGACCCUCUCGUUGCCCUUACAGGGAUGGGAAGGGAGAUGCAUCGUUCCAGACUUUGGUAUUACGGCUGCACCUCUGUCCCUGUGCAAGCGGGAGUCUGAGCACCUCCCAGGGGAUUGGCUUGAGCACAGAGUCGGGAAUGAGGUCCCCAAGAAACAUCAGUCCUAGUGCCUAUCUCCUUCUUUCACCUCACUCGCCCUGGGGCUUUGUUAGAUCGAGGUCUUCCAAGAAGGAGACCAGCUGCCGACUGCAUCUCGAGCCCAAGGACCCCGCUCAGCGCUGGCCCCAGGCCCGCCUUCAUCGGUUCCAAGCUUCUGGCCCUGUUUCCCUGGCCUCGGAGACCCGCCUCUGUUCCCCAACCCCCGCUUCCAUUCGGUCUGCGCCUGCAGGCCCCUCCAGCCCCUCCUCCCGCUAACGUGGCUCUGGGACCCGGUCCCGGCCCAGACUCUGCUACCCGCCCCUCUUGGAGCCCCAGAUCCAGUGAGGGGGAGACACGUCGAGCCCCUGGCCUCAGGCCCACCUCAGGCGAGGCUCAAGACACCUGGAUUAUCCUUGUUGGGGGCUGGGUGGGAGAAAGGGUAGGUAGGGAGCCUGGGGCUGAAAGCUAAGAGUGGGGGGGACUGUCUUGGAGAAAGGAAAGCUCCUGUUCAGCGAGGCUCCUUGGUGCGUCCCCUCAACCCUCCAAAGGAAGGUGGAUUGGGGCGUGCAACCAGCCUGAGGGCUUCCUGCUAUUGUCCGCAGCCGGGUCUCCCCUUCUCCAUCCCUUCCCCAGCCCCUGAUAGAAUCUGGCCUUGACCUGGGCCACUCCCCAGAGGUGGCUCUGCAGGGCCAAGAGGAGAGAAAAGGGCUGUUUCCUCUUCCAAGCAAAGGGAGAACCUGGGAGAGGGAGGAAGAGCUGGCCAGGUCUCCCCCAUUUGGAGCAAAUGGGGGUUAUGAAGCAGCUGGGAUUGGUCCCUGCAGGGUAAGCCUUUGCCCAGGCCAGGGGUAGGAUGGGGGCAGCUCAGAUGCUGCUCCCUAGAAUCAGCUAUGGGAAACCCUCUUAAAGAUACAUCACAGUUAAGUCUAGGGGGCCAAUGCAAUGGCCAACCAAGUGUUUUCAGAGGCUGAACUAAUCUAGUCCAAGGUCGGGGGUAGGGUGGAGAGAGUUUUGGUGGGAGGAAGGCAGGGCCUGCUCUCAGGAAAGAAGGAAGGGGCUGGGGGUGCUUGCUAACUGAGCAUUUUGCCAGGAAAUGAAGAGCAUGCAAAUGAGAUGCAAAUUACCCUCUAUUGUCCCCAGCUAGGGCGCUUUUGCUAAGGCUGCUGGAUUCUGAAGGUUUUAAUAUGGGAGUGGUCAUCAUGCCCCCAAAACUCUCCUGGUCACCCCUUUUCCCAAGACUGGUCCUGCAGUUUCAGGAGUUUCUCCCCAGACCCUGCCCCUGCCCUCACAUCUCUAGGCAUGAAGCAGGGAGCACCUUUGUAAUCAAGCUCAAUGUCAGUGUGCCCCCACUUCCAGGACAGCAUCUCACCUACUCUAGUCUCAUUAGACUUCUCUUGAAUGGUCACGUUUACUUUUAAGGGAUGUGGUAAGGAGAUGUAACUCAGUCUCUUCCCUCCUGUCCCUUCUUCCAUCAGGUCAGAGGUCUCCUAUCCCCCUCAAACCCCCAAAGGAGUCACCACUCCAGGGCCAGCAUAUGGGUGAGGGGGCACCCCCUGGGGCCUGAGCUGCCCCGCACAGGAUGCCCCGUACCCCCUACUUCAUGCCCUUGCUGCUACUGCUGCUGCUCCUCUCACUUCCCCACACCCAGGCGGCCUUUCCCCAGGACCCCCUCCCUCUACUGACCUCUGACCUACAAGGCCAGGUGGAUGCUGGAGUUGGUCAGAGGAGGCAGAAACCUUGGAGGGCUGAGGUGGCCUGUGAAGAGCCUUGAGGGGAGGGUGCAAAGAGAGGGCUAGGAGAAAUGGGGUAUUUCUCCAUUAUCCUGGUUCCGGGGCUUGGAGGAUGAUGCUGUGGUUGCAGAACUUGGGCUGGACUUUCAGAGAUUCCUGACCCUGAACCGGACCUUGCUAGUGGCUGCCCGGGAUCAUGUUUUCUCCUUUGAUCUUCAAGCCCAAGAAGAAGGGGAGGGCCUAGUGCCUAACAAGUAUCUAACAUGGAGGAGCCAAGACAUGGAGAACUGUGCCGUGCGGGGGAAGCUGACGGACGAAUGCUACAACUACAUUCGUGUUCUUGUUCCCUGGAACUCCCAGACACUCCUUGCCUGUGGAACGAACUCAUUCAGCCCCAUGUGCCGCAGCUAUGGGAUAACUUCGCUGCAGCAGGAGGGUGAGGAGCUGAGUGGGCAGGCUCGAUGCCCCUUUGAUGCCACCCAAUCCAAUGUGGCCGUCUUUGCAGAGGGCAGCCUGUAUUCAGCCACAGCUGCGGAUUUCCAAGCCAGUGAUGCUGUGGUUUACAGAAGCCUUGGGCCUCAGCCCCCACUCCGCUCCGCCAAGUACGACUCCAAGUGGCUCCGAGAGCCACACUUUGUCCAUGCUUUGGAGCAUGGAGACCACGUCUACUUCUUCUUCCGAGAGGUCUCUGUGGAGGAUGCUCGGCUGGGGAGGGUGCAGUUCUCCCGUGUGGCCCGCGUAUGUAAGCGUGACAUGGGAGGCUCACCUCGGGCCUUGGACCGCCACUGGACAUCCUUCCUGAAGCUGCGGCUCAACUGCUCUGUCCCUGGGGACUCUACCUUCUAUUUUGACGUCUUACAGGCCUUGACAGGGCCUGUGAACUUGUAUGGCCGCUCUGCUCUCUUUGGGGUCUUCACCACCCAGACCAAUAGCAUCCCUGGCUCUGCAGUCUGCGCCUUCUACCUGGAUGAUAUUGAACGUGGGUUUGAGGGCAAGUUCAAGGAGCAGAGGAGUCUGGAUGGGGCCUGGACCCCCGUGUCUGAGGACAGGGUCCCCUCCCCCAGGCCAGGAUCCUGUGCAGGAGUAGGUGUAGCUGCCUUGUUCCCCUCUUCUCGAGACCUCCCUGAUGAUGUCCUGACCUUCAUCAAGGCUCACCCACUCCUGGACCCUGCCGUGCCACCUGCCACCCAUCAGCCUCUGCUUACCCUUACCAGCAGGGCGCUACUGACCCAAGUAGCUGUGGAUGGCAUGGCUGGUCCCUACCGUAAUACAACGGUCCUGUUCCUUGGCUCCAGUGAUGGGACAGUGCUGAAGGUGCUGCCCCCAGGGGGGCAAUCUGGGGCCCAUGAGCCCAUUCUGUUGGAAGAGAUCGAUGCCUACAGCCCCUCCCGGUGCAGUGGGAAGCGAGCAGCUCAAACAGCAAGGCGGGUCAUAGGACUGGAGCUGGACACUGAAGGUCACAGGCUUUUUGUAGCUUUUUCUGGCUGUAUCAUCUACCUCCCUCUCAGUCGAUGUGCCCGGCAUGGGGCCUGUCGGAGGAGCUGUCUGGCUUCUCAGGACCCAUACUGUGGAUGGGAUAGCUCCAGAGGCUGUGUGGAUAUCAGGGGACCUGGUGGGACUGAUGUGGAUCCAGCUGGGAAACAGGAAUCCAUGGAAGUUGAUGACUGCCAAGAUGGAGCUACUGGAAGUCAGUCUGGCACAGGUGAUUCUACUUACGUGCUUCUGGGUCGUGACCCCUCCCCUGAGACCCCCAGCCCCCCCAGUGAUGCCCAACCCCGGCCCCAGUCUUCCACUCUUGGAGCUCACACUCAGGCAGGCGUGCGCCGAGACCUCCCCCCAGCCUCAGCCUCCCGCUCGGUCCCCAUCCCACUCCUUCUGGCCUGUGUGGCUGCAGCCUUCGCCAUGGGCGCCUCGGUCUCUGGCCUCUUGGUCUCCUGCGCUUGUCGCCGCGCCCACCGACAUCGAAGCAAGGACAUCGAGAGUCCAGGGCUCCCGCGCCCUCUUUCCCUUCGUAGCUUGGCCCGGCUGCACGGGGCGGGCCCAGAGCCGCCGCCGCCGCCCAAGGACGGAGAGGGGGCGCUGACGCCCCAGCUCUACACCACCUUCCUGCCUCCUCCCGAGGGCGUACCCCCGCCGGAGCUGGCCUGCCUGCCCACCCCGGAGUCCACGCCGGAGCUGCCGGUCAAGCACCUUCGCCACCCGGGAGGGCCGUGGGAGUGGAAUCAGAACGGGAACAACGCCAAGGAAGGCCGGGGCCGCACCCGGGGCGGCAACGCGACCGGCGGUCCCGCGCCGCGCGUGCUGGUGAGGCCGCCGCCGCCUGGCUGUCCCGGGCAGGCCGUGGAAGUCACCACCCUGGAGGAACUGCUGCGCUACCUGCACGGCCCGCAGCCGCCUAGGAAGGAGGCUGAGCCCCCGGCCGCCGCCCCUUUCACCUCGAGGGCGCUGCCGCCCGAGCCCACCCCCAGCCCCACCCUCUUUGCCGGCUCCUGCCUGCUCCCUCGGGACUGUGCCCCGCCUCGGAGGCUGGACGUGCCGCCGGAGGGCAAGGGCCCGGCCCCCGCCGCCAGGCCUGCGCUCUCUGCCCCCGCUCCCCGGCUCGGGGUCGGCGGUAGCCGGAGGUUGCCCUUCUCCACGCACCGUGCACCCCCCGCGCUGCUCACCCGAGUCCCCUCGGGAGGCCCCUCCAGGUACUCUGGGGGUGCCGGGAAACACCUCCUGUACCUGGGCCGGCCUGACGGGUACCGGGGCCGCGCCCUCAAGAGGGUGGACGUCGAGAAGUCUCAAGGGCCCUCGAAGCCUCCCCUCGUCGGGCCUCCCUCCCAGCAGGUCGUCCCUAACGGCAGCCAUUUCAACUUUUAAAGGGAGCUGCUCCCAGGCCUCACACCGGACCCUUGAAGUCCGCGCCCUCAAAAGCCAGAGGCGUGGACGCGCCUCCCAUGCCAGUUCACCUCCUCCUCUCCUUGUUCUACACCUCCAGCCUUCCUGGACUCUGGGAGUCUCCCGGGGCCCCUGCCUGCCUCGGGUUUAUUUAUUGACUGCUGCCUGUCUUUCCCCCCCGUCCUCGAGAGAGGAGUGGGAGGUGAGAAGCUCGCCCCCUCAGUGAGCCAGCUUUCGAGGGUAACUGGCCCACUCCCACUCCCCCCCCUCAGCCAAGCUGCCUUAACUCGCCCCUCCCCCCGGGCUUCCUCCACAGACUGGGCCCCGGGCGGGCCGCACGGCGGACGGACGGGGCUGGGCCACGCGUGUUGUGUACAGAGUCCUCGGGCCUCCUGGGACGUGCCUCCUCCUACUGUGUAGGAGCCUCCGCUUCCCAAUACAGCUGUGUCCCCGAACCGCUGCCUGACUUUACUCGAGCAGGGGGCGGGGCGGGAAUCAGUCGGCUGCUCAGAGCGCGCCUUUGCCCCAGAACCUCUGCCUCCGUCUUGGCCUUGAGCUCUCUCCCGAGUAAUUGGGAUGGCUGCGGUCCCACCGGGGUUAAUCAGGAAAGGUUUCCUGAAGGAGGCAAGCGAAGAAAUGGUGCGUGGAGAAGAACCAGGGCCCAGGAGACGCAGGGUAGAAAUUUAGGUGGGGCUAGGGAGGGCGCUCAGAGCACGGUUCUGGAUUGAGGUAAGAGGGACUUUUUCGUAGCCUGCUCUAUGGGGUGGGAGGAGGGUAUUUUCGGAGAAAUAAAAUGAAGCUGCAGCGUAAGUGAUUGACGUUUCACGUCAGGAAAUCUUGUCAUUGAAAAAAAGAAUUUGGCUGGAAGAGCCGGGGUCGCAUGAGGAGUAAGCUGUAAAAAAAAACAGCAAAGGCUUCAGUCCUGGUGGAGGCAACGGUUUACUCCAGUCGUUACCUAAGCAGCAGCUCCCUUUCGCAGAGGGAGGAAAGGGUCGAGCAGCGUAUUCCGCCGCACGCAUGCGUAACCGCUUCUCGCGGCGGGCCGCAGCAUUGAGCUCCGCUCGCCGGGGAUCAGCGAGCUGGCGGCGGGAGGUUCCUCUGGUUCGGGCUGGCUGCACAGAGCUGUCUGUUACUCCCGCGGGCCAGUGAGAAGGGCGAACAGGACGGUCUGCCCCACCCACCGCCGCCAGCUAAGGACACUUAAGGCCUCGCGCGGGUGGUGGCAGCUUUUGUGGAUUUACAAGUCUGGUGUUUUACCGGCUCGUGUCUGGAGUAUCCGCCGGGUUGGGGCCCGAAGCCACCCUCCCACUGGCGCCGCCUGGAGGCCAGACCACGCCUUGCAGCUGAGGAAGCCUCGCCAGUUGCUCUCCCGGUUCUUUGCCUGAAAGCCUUAAUGAGGUAGGAAUCCGCUGGGUGAAGAACCCUGAGAUGGUUUCUAGCUCCGCCCUUUACAACUUGUGAUCCUGCCUAGUCAAAGCUGUACCUUAGGCCCCCAUCUGAAAAAUGGGGUUGAGAGGCUCAAGUACGAUAAUGUAUGUGAAAACUCUAUAGGAGAAAACAUGCUAUCUUGUAAAAUA